AUGAUGGAAUCAGGAAGCUGCUCGUCUCUGGCAGACCGACUGAGACACGAUGUGCUGAGCAGAAAUCUUUCUGACACUCCUCAGCACAGAGACAGAGACAGGUUCCUCAAGAAGCGUCAGAAGCUCCUCGACAAGCUGUUGUCCGGAGCUGGAGGUUCUGGAGUCGCUGAAGAGACUCAGCGUAGACGCCGCCACAGAAGAGAACUUCCUGUGCCAGAACCUUCUGAGGAGACGGAGGCGGGGCCUGAGACGAGGGCCGGUGAGGAGGCGUGGCCUGAGGGUGUUGCUGCUGUUGAGGGGGCGUGGCCUGCAGGCCUGGCUCAGGACAGUCUCGUCCCUACGUGGGAUGGUAGUGAAGGGGUGUGUCCUGGGGGUGUGGCUGCAGCCGAGGGGGCGUGGUCUGUGGGUGUGGCUCAGGACAGUCUCAUGUCUGCGGAGCGGCUGUUUGUUUUCCGCUGCGUUCCUCCUGCAGCGCAGCAGCACACGCAAACAUCUCACUCACGUAAGAAACGCAACUUCCUGAACUUCAAGAAGAGCAGUGUGGCUCCGCAGCCAAACAUGUGACACUGCAUUGCAAAGCAUCAUGGGAAUGUCAUUAUGAGUCUUUUGUGUAUCUAUUGUUGUUUUAUCAUGGGCGGGUCUGCCGAGAGCUGAUUGGUUGCUUCAGCCGUCCAGUGACAUCAUCCAGAUGUGUGUGUUUUUCCUUCACAAACACUCACUCAACUGAUCAGGUCAGAUGAU